AGUUAGAUAUAAGGUUCAUUUGAGAAGUGUACCAACAAACACAGCCCCAUAAGGCACUAUAGUAUAAGCAUGGACUACUUUCGAUAUAUAUAUACCAAUGAUGCUAAUCAUAUUUAUGCCAUUUGACAUCAUUCCUGGUUUUAUAUUUCAGAUUUUCUACUCUUGGGUUACGUCAGACCAAAAUCUGACAUAAAAUGAGGAGAGUUGUGAACAUCGUGGGCAUAACGAAAGUAAUGAAAAGGUCAAGAAAAACGCACUGAAAAGUUGCAAAACGCGGAUUUCACUGUGAGAGAAUAGGAUUGACAAAGACUACUGUUCGUAAUCAGUGGUUUUAAUAGCAAGAACAAAACUCACGAGAACGGUUUUAUAUAGCGGUUGUCAUACCAAGGCAAGGCAAGGGGACUGCUGUAUGAUGAACGUGGAGUUGACGAGUGUGGGUGUCCCCACGACUAGGUUCAGAUCGUUAGAUACUCUAGAUCACUCAAUCGAGAGUGAACGCCCCUUCAGAUUUGAUCUAACCAAAUAUUACAAUGUUUGCAGAUUCCAAAGAGACAGCAUUACGUUCCAGAGGUUUGUGCAAUCCAAUAUAGUUGUUUUACUCGACAUAUUACCGGUGAUGGGGAUAUUCUAUAACAUCUGUAUCCUGGCUGAUAUAUAUCUGCGAUGUGAUUCGUGUUUUAAAGAUAUAUUCCUCAGUAUACACUUAAUUGCAGCUAUUCUGCAUUGUAUCCUGCUCGGUCUCCUUGUGAUUGGAAACAUCAGGAGCAAACUUCCGUUAAUUUACCCUCUGUUUCCUAUCACGAUCCUGGUCGUUGUUAUAUUAUGGGAUGGAUCCACCUAUCUCACCGGAUACGCACUUCUCUGGAUACAGCUGCUGUUUUUCCUUGCUAUGAUGACUUUCCCUGGGCCGUUUAUACUCUCUUUAUCUAUUUGUCUGAUUUUGAUGACGUGCUUCCUCACAAUACACGGAAUUAAUCCAUACGCUCAAAAUCAACAAUGGAAGCAGAUUACUACGAGUGUAAUAGUUUUUCUGAGUAUGAUGUGCCAUGGAUUUGCCGCGCAUUUUUCAUUGGAAAAUGAAUAUCUUAUGGAUUUUCUCGAGAACCUACGAUUUUCCAAAUACGAAAAGAUUGUUUCUGAAGAACAGGCAGUCAAGAAUAAAAUAAUGGAAGCAUCGUUUCCAAGACACAUCGCCGAGGAAAUAACUCGGGCGUUCGAUAGCAACACCAUUGGCGCCUUUCGGAAGAUGUACAUCUCGAAGAGUGACAACGUCACAAUUGUGUUUGCGGAUAUAGUUGGAUUCACGACAAUUUCAUCAUUCUACACUGCUGAACGACUUGUCAACAUAUUAAACGACAUUUUUGUCGCCUUUGAUAGGAUCGCAGACAAAUAUCACCAGCUUAGACUGAAGAUCCUUGGUGAUUGCUACUAUUACAUUUGCGGAAUACCAGAGCCCCAGGAGGACCACGCCUAUCUAUCUGUGUGCAUGGGUUUCGGCAUUGUCAACGCUAUCAGAACAAUUUCCACAAAAGUCUCCAUGCGGGUAGGAAUACAUAGCGGGAGUGUAUUAAGUGGUAUCCUUGGCCUCACCCAAUGGCAGUUCGAUGUUCUCGGACAGGAUGUUAAAAUAGCUAAUUUGAUGGAGAGUUCCGGAAUUCCCGGGAAGGUUCAUGUUACACACGUGACACUUGCGUUGCUUAGCAACGACUACGUCAUAACCCCUAGUAAAGCCGGGGAGAAAGUGGAAUUCCUAAAGCGUGUUGGUAUUCGUACGUACUUCAUCGCACAAACCCACAAUCAUCAGGAAACCGAGACCGAAGAGGAGACCAGUGCUGUUGUACAAGACAAAGACAAGGAUAGAUCGACGAUCUCCGAUAUACGUUCUUCUUCUAAUGAGCCGAUUGACUGGAAUCCAUUAUCUCUGAGGUUCAGAGACAUCGAUAUGGAGGACAUGUUUCAGUUUCGUCGUCAGUUUCUUUCCCUUCAGCCUUACGCCUACGUGUUUGCAAUGAUGGUUUUCUUCGCUAAUAACUCCUUUUCAUCCUUCACUUGUUGGAAGAGUAUACUUUCGAUAGUCCUUGGAUCAACAAUACUGUUGUUUAACAUAUUAACAAUGACCGAGGGUAUAGACGGUCUCGUUGAGAAGACACUGAUGGUCCAUCUAUUAGAAAACAUAUUAAUAUGUAUAUCUGGCAUGAUUCUACUUGUCGUCUGUGUAGGCAAAGAUGUGUGGACAUCUCAAAAUGAAACGACACCUCUUUGCAAUGCUACAGUUGAUCUCCAACCGGAUAUGACAUCACCGGUGACAUACUUCAUGCCAGAAUAUGUGCUUUUACAGUUCUUGUUGCUGAUUAUUGGUAUCAACGAAGCGUUGACAUUUAGGCACACUGUCAAGUGUGUCAUCAUGGUUUUCUUCGCCCUAAGUCUCCUUGCCCUGCUUUUAUAUUCUCAUCCGCGUGAAAAUGGUAUAGACACAGCGAUAGACAUGUCACUCCCUGCCAUCACUGUGACGAGCCUGCUCAUCUUCAUCAUUUUGUUGGAUAGAAAGGUUGAAAUGCUGAAGAGGAAGACGUUUCUCCGUAGAUCCGAAACGAUAAAUAGCCAUGCAAAACUGAGAAAACUAAGGAGAAAAAACAAGACAUUGCUGUAUAAUUUGGUACUACCUGAUAUAGCGAGAGACCUUCUUUACGAUCACGACAAAACGUAUGCCCUUAGUAGGACCCAUGAUGAUGUCGGAGUAAUGUUCGCUGCGUGCCCCCAUUUUGAAGAAUUCUACACAGAAAAUUGUAACUAUGAAGACGGUUUGGGAUGUCUGCGCUUUCUCAACGAAAUCAUUUCGGACUACGACGAGUUAAUGCAGGAGCCGGAAUUCGUCUCGCUCUGUAAGAUAAAAACUAUUGGGUCUACCUACAUGGUUGCAAGUGGUCUCCGCAGACAUCUCGGCGAUAGCUCCAUGGAGGAAAGUGGAAACUGCAGACGAAAGGAGCAUCUUGGAACACUUGUAAAAUUUGCGUUGAAAAUGAUGGAUGUGUUAAAGGAUAUAUCCAAAGAAUCUUUUACCAACUUUCAGCUUAGAAUAGGUAUCAACCAUGGCCCAGUUAUAGCGGGGGUGAUAGGUGCCCACAAACCGCACUACGACAUCUUCGGUAACACUGUCAAUGUGGCCAGUCGUAUGGAGAGCACUGGCUUCAUAGGGAAAAUACAGGUACUAAAGAGCACAGCUCUGAUACUACAGAGACUGGACUACAAUUUCAAGUUAAGAGGUUCAAUAGAAGUGAAAGGAAAAGGCAGGCUUGUGACGUAUUUCCUGUCAAGGGCAGACAAGCCCAUUCCUUCAUCGGAGGAGGAAUCCUAUAGCUCUGAUGGUGCCUUUUGACUGUAAUAAUAAUUCAUGUAGUGUUGUGACAAUGUUUGAGCUCUGAUAUUGUGUAUAGUGACUAAUUUGUGUGUGGUGCUGAACAAAUCGUGAUAUCAACAAUGCAAGCGGAGGCUUACAAAUCAUUGGAACACGUUAUAACAAAUAGCAAGAUCCCAACCAACUGUGCAGUAUAUUAUAACAAAUGACAAGCCUUGUCAUUUAUUUUUGGAGCAAUUUUGAUCCAGUAAUUAACCAAAUUAUGUAAGAUAUCUGAUAUGAUUAUAUUACAUGUAUAAUUACAUAAUAUAACUAUAUACUCUAAU